GAGCGCUCCGGCGCGGCCGCGGGCCCGGUCCCCAUUAACAAAAGAGCCAAGAGGAGCACAACCAACUUUCUCCCAUCCCUCCCCCGGAUAAAGGUUCAGAGCAACGGUUCACACCAAAGGCCCCUUCAAAUUUGCCCCCUCUGAGAACCAUGGGUAGAUGCUGGCGUCAUCCCGACUUCCGGCCGUUGUCAAGCACCUGAGCGAACGGUGGGGUUAGAUGGUUUACCGGCCGCGCUCCUAACGUUGUGGGGACGAAUAGGUGACUGGUCCGUGCGGUUACACUACUCUUCCGUUAUCCACAGCGAGAUACUGAGGCGGCCGGGGCAGCCUCUGUUGUCCGGACGGUCGCCCGGCGGUGACGCAGGGGGGAGCGGCGGAUGUGCGCGAGGGACAGGCGGUUGGAUGGCGCAGCUGUGCGGAGCCGGGUGGCGUCACCUCGGGCCAAGCGUGGCCAUGGCAGCCUGGGCGGCGCGCUUCUGGUCUUCAGGAUCCAGUACAGAAUCAGUACAGGAGAGGCAAAAACGACUGAUGGCUCGGGGACUCCCAAAGCAAAAAGCAAUUCCUGGAGUGAAACAUGUUAUUGUUGUAGCUUCUGGUAAAGGAGGUGUUGGAAAAUCAACCACUGCAGUGAAUUUGGCUUUGGGAUUAGCAACCUUCGAAUCGCAUGUGGGACUGCUAGAUGCAGAUGUGCAUGGUCCAUCUAUUCCACGUAUGAUGAAUCUGAAAGGAAAUCCAGCUUUAACAGACAGCAACUUGAUGAUACCCUUGGUGAACUAUGGAAUUAACUGCAUGUCAAUGGGUUUUCUGGUGGAGGAAACAGCACCAAUUGUUUGGCGAGGUCUAAUGGUGAUGUCAGCAAUAGAAAAGCUGUUGAGACAAGUUGACUGGGGUCAAUUGGAUUACCUUGUUAUAGAUAUGCCACCUGGCACAGGAGAUGUGCAGCUUUCCAUCUCUCAAAACAUACCUAUUUCAGGAGCUGUUAUUGUUUCUACUCCCCAGGACAUUGCUUUGUUGGAUGCACAGCGAGCAGCAAAGAUGUUUCAAAAAGUUAGUGUUCCUGUUCUUGGUAUUGUUCAAAACAUGAGUGUUUUCCAGUGUCCGAAGUGCAAACAUGAGACUCACAUAUUUGGGGCUGAAGGAGCAAAAGAGCUGGCAGCAAAGCUUCAAUUAGAUGUUUUAGGUGAUAUUCCACUACAUAUAAAUAUAAGAGAAAUGUCAGAUAAAGGCCAACCUAUUGUUGUAUCUCAUCCAGACAGUCCAGAGGGACAGUCGUGGAUAAUUUGAAGCAGUAGGGCACUCUACAUUGGGAGAGAGAGAGAUUAAAAAUGUUGUGCUGCACACGUCCUGAGUACUCGCCCUGAGAUGCUAUCCGGUCCCACAGCCUCGUGACUCAUCGGAAACAUCUGCGUACCUCAGCCUCAGAGAUGACUAGGUUGCAGGUUAUAAUGGUGGUUUUCCUUGGAGGCUCAAAGUUAAUGACAUUGAACUAAACAUAAAAGCGAUUGAGCUCAUUUGGGAGAGAGGCCGCAAUGUUGGCAGCACCACUGCGUUUGGCUUUGAAGUCUUCAGUGGUAUGCGAUCCUCACCACAAGUCAGAUGUGCUAUUGGUUGUGAAUCUUGACUCAUUCUUGUCCCUGCAUUCAUUAAAAGAAUGUGCUGUUCACAUGAGACUCUGACUCGUUAAUAGCUGAUUGUCGUCUGAGCUUGUCCACACUAAAGACUGGAGUAUCAUUGAUAAUCAGUGUGUUUUUUCACUUCUUUUGUGGUAAAUAUGCAUUUUUUACACUGACUUCUAAAUGAACCAAUCUAAUCUGGACCCAUUAAGGCUGUUUAGCUGGUUAAUGCACUGCAUUUGCUAGCUGAAGAACAGUAUGUUCUUGACUGGAAGAUGUUUGGAAGUUAUGAUUGGCCUCUGCAGUUGAAUUGGUCAUGGUUGUGAGAAGCCAUUCAAUGAGGCAUAACUUCUUGGUGGAGUACAAUCUGAGCAACAGAGUACUGUCACUUUGGUUCCUUGGCCAUUGAACCACAUGGUUUGUGUUCUUCUCAUGGCACGGUUAUGGAGAAUGCAACAAAUAAAGAAUUCAGCCUUCUCCUGGGUGUAGACACUGUAAUCUUAUCUUAAUUACCCUAGUUCAUGACAUAAUUACAACAGUGCUCAGAGAAAUUGGGAGCAAAGGAAGGAGGAAAUGUUGUAAACAACCUUGUGAGCUUUAUAAAUUGUGUAAACUGAUAAUUUCUGUGAUUGCAUGAAAACAUAUAUGUUUGCCCAUUCAGCAUACAAUGUUGAACAGUGCAAAAUGAUUUCAGGGGCUUAUUGUUUGCAUUUUGAAUUAAGUUUUUCUUAGUGUAGAUGUUCUGAAGUUCUUUUGUCCAACCAUGAACAAAGUUGAACUUAGAACUGUUUAUCUGCUGAGCUUGCAAUUGUAAUUCUUGAGUUACAAAAAGGAUAAAUGUUCUAAAAGCUGGAUGAACUCAGCAAGUCGGGCAGCAUCCAUUGAAAGAAGCAGUCAAUGUUUCAGGUCGAGACCUUUCAUCAGCUUUUUUGUACGUCUUGAUUUAACCACAGCAUCUGCAGUGUACUUUGUGUGGAUAAACGUUUUCCUUCCACACAUUUUGGGAAAAUUCUCUUUAUUUCCAUUUCAAAAAGUUACAUAAGUAGUGGAUAGUUAUAAUAGAGAAACAGUAUUAAUCAAAGAUGUUACCUUGGAGAGGAUUAAAAGUUAAAUUCAGAAAAUGCUAAAUCUUUGACUGCCAGGGCAAAUGUUAAAAACAGUAUUUAUCUAAUGGCCAAACAGUUAUGAAAGAACUGUUUAAACUUGUGAUUUUAAGAAUAAUUUGAACAAAAAUCAAAAAAACAUGCUGCCUGAAAUUAGAAUUAUCAGUACUUUAAGGCGAGAGUAUAUAGGGUUAAUUUUUUUGUUGUUGGAGAUGUCUCAAGGACCCAAUCCUAAGACCAUUGAAUCUCUGUUUAAAGUUUAUGGUGACUGAUGACCAGUGAUUUGACUAUAACAUUUUCAUUAUUCUUUGCCCUCCUAUUAAUAACUAAUAAAAUAUAGCUUGUCAAUUGGUGAAUCAAUGGUGCUGAAUUUUCUAUGGGGAAUUGCAUUUUGAGAUGUGUCCAGAAUUGCAUUCUUUUUAAUUGAUGAGCUUGACAAAUGAUUGCCAGGAGUUACUUUUCAGAAUAUUUUCUUUGUGGCAGAAAUGCAUAUCUGCAGUUUACCUCGCACCAUGGUAGACUUAGCAGCUACUCUGCCCAAUCUGCUGAUAAUAGUUUAUUCACUUAACCAUAGGCAAAUUUUGAAGAAUGUGCAGCUGUAUGUACCUUUCAAUUUUGCACUUAAGAAAUAACCAUCAAUACUGAAUACCUAAAUAAAUCAAAUAAUUUUGUCUGAUUUUUCUG